UGAGCACGUGACAGAGAGCUUUAGUUUACCGGGAAAAAAGUCAGAGUAGCAAACUCCAUCUUAACUAGGACACACAGCUGACAUGGAUGUGAAGAAAUAUCUGUCUCGCAUUGGGUUUUCUGGCCCAGCUGAGCCAACCCUGGACGUGCUCCGGUCGCUCCACCUCCACCACCAGCUGUCGGUGCCAUUUGAAAACCUGACGAUACACAGCGGCGGAAAGAUUCAACUGGACCUCCCUCUUUUGUAUGACAAGAUAGUGAACCAACGAAGAGGAGGUUUCUGCUGCGAGCUUAACGGCCUCUUCUCCUGGCUGCUGUGCCAACUGGGCUUCCAGGUGACACUGCUCUCAGGUCAGGUAAAGGGCAUCAAAACAGGUUUUUAUGGUCCACCUUUUGACCAUAUGAUCAUCAUGGUGAGCCUGGAAGGGAAACGCUGGCUUUGUGAUGUAGGGUUCGGCCCUGGUUUUAGCUCCCCCUUAUCACUGGAAACCAGUGACCCACAUGAGCAGGGCCACCGAGAGUUCCGGAUCAGACAAGCUGAGGACAUGCACUUCCUGGAGGUGCAGCGGGAUGAGAACAGAGAACCACAUGGAGACUGGUCAGAGGUCUACAAAUUCACCCUGGAACCAAGGCACAUGGAAGACUAUGCAGAGAUGUGCCAGUACCACCAGACCUCUCCCUGCUCUCUUUUCUUCUGCAAGUCCCUCUGCAUGAUUUUAAGGCAAGGAGGAAGGGUCACCUAUAUCGGCCGCCGACUGAUCAGCACCACAUUUCCAACUGAGGAGAAUGGGAGUGUAAAGACAACCAGAGAACUAAAAGAUGAAGAGAUCCCAGAUGUUUUAGCCAAGGAGUUUGGAGUUGUAUUAAAUGCCCCACUGAUACCAAAGGAUGAGGAUAUCACCCCACCAGCUGCCAUGUACUAAUCAUGUAACAAAAUCUGUAUGCUCUUUGAUUCAUGCAUGGGAUACUGUUAAGAUUUUCAAAUCUCCUAAUUUGUAUCUUUGAUUGAUUAUAAAACAGAGAUACAUGAAUAGUGAUGACUCUAUGAACCAGUAAAAUUUUAGCAGUAAGACCACCAUGUUUACAGUUUCAGAUCCACAAUGAAUGAAUGAGAUAGUUUUGACCUGGUAAGCCUUGUUCUGAAUACAGCAGGAAGACAUCACAGCAGAUAUAAUGUCCCAGUCAGGCCAGUCUGCAGAAUCAGCUGGGCGCUUUGGGCCAGGAUGAGAUCAGUGAAUGUGUUUAGAGUCCGUAGCAUUGGUGCUAGCAUCCUGACUAACAGUGAGCAUAUUUUGGAGCUGAAAAGUGUGUCAAGAUUUAAUUGGGUCCUGAUGUUGGAAUGAUUUAUUUGUGGUACUUUUAACCACUUUCGCCUAUGUCUUCCAACCAUUAUUGCCACAUUAUUUUAUUUUGUCACAUUUUUUGCCCAUUUCCAAUAUUGUGCACCCUUCUCCCUAGCUGGUUUUUGUUGCCUAUUAUUGCUGCUUUUUCAACUUUUUUCUAUUUUGCCACUUUUGUUUGUAUUUGAAGAUUUUUUGCAGCUUUUAAAAAAAAUCUCCCCAAUUUCUACCAUUUUUUG